UUUGAGUUCAUAACGGAGAGCCUGAUCUCCGCAGACAAUAGCAGCGAGAAUCCGACUAACGAUCAUUUCUAUUAUCAGUUACCAGUCUGUUAUCGUUCCUACAGCCUGAUCGGACCAAUUAGUAUUAUCAUUAUAAUCUGAUCUAACGCAGGAUUCGCCGAAGAGCUGGAUCGAACUCAGCUGUUGUCAUCUCUAACAAUCGUCUGUAGCAGUUCCAGUCACUGACUGUUGAAGCUCAGGAGGUAGAGAUGAUCUGUGUGUAACAGGAAAGCGUCUGGCGUGACGGUGUGAAUGUGUUUGAGCAGUCAGAGGUCAGAUCCACACAAGACGCUGCAAUGAGUGCUAUGAGGACAGAAGAUGCUGCUGACGGGGAGAGCACAGCUAAUGGAGGAGGAGUCGUGUGUCAGGAGGGAGGUGUCACCAUCCUCAGGCCUACAGAUCUCUCAGAGAUGUUGGCGGCAGGAACCAAAGAAGUUCACGAGAAGGCCGAAAACACUGAGUUUGUCAAAGACUUCCUGAGGGGACGCAUCCGCAAAGAGCUCUUUAAGCUCGGUCACGUGGCUUUAUACUUCACGUACUCGGCUAUGGAAGAGGAGAUGGAGAGAAACAAGGAGCAUCCUGAUUUGGCGGCGCUCUACUUCCCCCAUGAGCUGCACCGGCGGGACGCUCUGGCUCGGGAUCUGCAGUACUUCUAUGGCGAGGACUGGCAGGACCAGAUCAGCCUCUCUCCCGCCACUCGGCGCUACGUGGAACGCAUCCAGCAGAUCGGCCAGGACCAGCCCGCGCUUCUGGUGGCUCACGCUUACACCCGCUACAUGGGAGACCUCUCGGGUGGCCAGGUGCUGAGGAAGGUGGCCCAGCGCGCCAUGAAGCUGCCGCCCACAGGAGAAGGCCUGAACUUCUACCAGUUCGACGGCAUCCACAGCGCCAAGGCCUUCAAGCAGCUCUACCGCAGCCGGAUGAACGAGCUGGAGCUGGACUCGCACACCAAGCAGAAGAUCGUGGAGGAAGCUGUCCUGGCCUUCCAGUUCAACAUGGAGAUUUUUGAAGAACUAGAGGAGGUUGGAAAAACGCUUCAGGACGAUGUUUUGGAUGCCGCUCCUGCUCAUGGUGCUCAUGGUGCUCAUGGUGAGAUGCAAGGAGACAUCAGCCAGUGUCCGUAUUAUGCGGCCAAAAUGGCUGCCAGCGGGGGAUCAUCUUACAUCUGUCAGAUGGCCAUGACCAUGCUUAAAAAUCCCUCCGGUCAAGUCAUAUUGGCUGCCUGGAUCGCUGCUCUAGCCGGAUUGGCUGCUUGGUACCUCAUGUGAGCUCCUGUGAUCCAAUGAGAGGAGCAGAUAAUAGAUGAGAACAAAUGGUUUGUUCUGCUUUAAAGUUGUGAGGCAUUCCAACACAUCUUAGUGCAUAACCCCCCCCCCGUUCUUGGGUAAAUGUGAUUUAUUCUUAAUGUAUGAACAUAGACUUGUUUAAACGCAGGAUAGCAUAGUUUAUGCAUAGAGUUUUGCUGUGGCUGGUGUUACUAUUGCACCUGUCAGUGUUGAUGAAGUUAAAGGAACAGAUCACCCAAAAAUGAAACUUUGAAGAAAAUGUCCCACAUCUUCAGGCCAUCCAAGAGGUUGUUUGUUUCUUCAUGGGAACAGAUUUGGAGGAAUUCAGCAUUACAUCACUUGCUCACCAAUGGAUUCUCUGCAGUGAAUGGGUGCCGUCAGAAUGAGAGUCCAAACAGCUGAUAAAAACACCACAAUAAUACACUCCAGUCCAUCAAUCAGUUAACACCUUGUGAAGUGAAAAGCUGUGUGUUUGUAAGACAUUUCUCCAAAUCUGUUCUGAUGAAGAAACAAACUCAUCUACAUAUUGGAUGGCCUGAGGGUGAGUACAUUUUCAUUUUAGGUGAACUCCUUUAAGGCUGGAGAAGAGCUGUGGAAAUAUGCAGAAAGUAUUUUAUAGUUUUAUCACAGUAUCAAGUCAACUUAUGAGCCGAAACAUACUCUUCGCAAGAGGAAUUAGUGCAAAUUGAUGACUUCUACAGUCAGUUUCUCAUGUUAAGGAAACUCUAUCGCCCCCUUAAGGUAUGAUAUCGCAAAAGUAUAACAAAUGUGCAUGUACAACAGAACGAGGCACAUGCAAAACAUUUGCACACUUGUACAUGUUCAGAGUAUGUUUAUACAGAAAAGUACAUGAUUCCAUUGGCACAUUUGUCAAGCAUGCUUUCAAACGAGAUAUGCUAUGCAUACAUGCAGCAUUUACACAGAAAAGCAGUACUUCUGCAGGCCAGACUACUGAGACGCUGCGUCAAGAAAUGACUGGCACAACGGUUCAUGAAGAAAAGCCUUUUAGAACAGAUUUAGAAUGUAAAAGAUGGAAGAAUUGCACAUUAAAGUCAUUUUUGUCUCAUCACACAUGUCAUGUUACAGAUUCGGCAUUAAGGGUUAUUCUACACAGAUGGUUAAAGCACAAGAUUUCUGGAUUUUAGAUUCACUGAUAACAUAUAUCUGAGCCAAGAUGAACUGUUUCCUAUGGAAGCCCGUUUCUGCCACUGAAUAAAAAAUAAAGUCGCAAUUGCAAGUUAUAAGGUCAGAAUUGUGGGAUAUAAACUCACAAUUCUGAUUUUUUUUUUCUCGCAGCAUUGAGUUUAUAUCUCGCAAUUGCAACUUCAUUUCUCAGAAUUAUGGGUUAUAAACUCGCUGUUGCAAGACAACUUUUUUUGCGAGUUUAUAUCCCACAAUUCUGAGAAAAAAGCAGUUGCUGCAAUUGUGAGUUCUAUCACUCAAUUCUAAAAUAAUAAAAUGAAAAGAUUUGCAAGAAAAAAGUCAGAAUUCUGAGAUUAAAGUUUGCAGUUACGUUUUUUUUUUUUUUUUUUAUUCAGGGGCGGAAACAAGUUUCAUUAUUGGUUGACCAGAAAUUAGUUUUUAAAUGGUUAGUGAUGUCUAGAUGGCAUAUAUAACCAAUAAGCCCAUAUUAUUUGAUUAUUUGAAAGCAAUUAAAACAAGGGAACAAUGCUGAAUUGAUGUACUGUAUUUGUACAAGCUAGAAUUUAAGUUUUUUUUUUUUUUCUUUCUUUAGGUGAGUCAUUCAUCUGACUUAGCGAUAACUAUAAUAUUAACAUUUAUGGAUGCAGUAAUCUCAAUGUUACAUAUUAACACACUAACGUGCAAUGUUCACAAAGGCACUGUGACACGAUGCAUUUGAAAAGUAUUGUGGGGGUUUGUUUAUCCGUCCUCAUUUACUGAGGCAUGUGUUUGUUAACUAAUGGUAUUUUUCUCAGAAAGGCAUAUACUGUAUGAUUUAGUUUUAUAUAAGAAGUAACACAAUCAUAUCAUUAUACUGAUGAAUACUGUUCCUGAAGAGUGUUACAUGCAAUACCAAAUCCUGAGGGACCGAACAUGAACGGCUUUGAGCAGGAGUUGGACUUUUUGAACCAAAGGAAUUGUUACUUUAGUAAUAAGAUCAUAAAAUAGACCCCCUAUAUAAGAAUUAGCAUAAUUGGUUGUGUUUGGGUUUUAUGAACAUUUUGUGUUUUGAGUUACUGAUAGCUUUUAGUUUUUAUAAAGCGCAUUGAGAGGAAUGGUGUUGAUAUACAGUACAGUGUUGUAGAUGUUUUUUAUUUUUUUUAUUUCGUUAUAUAUUAACAGUGUUGUAUUAAUUUUAAGGUUUAGAAGAGGUUUUUUGGGAAAAAAUUUUUUUUUAAACCCUUUUCUCAGAUGUAUGUUUAUUUUUCCCUCUAGCUCUGUGUUCACUGUAAUAAGUAAUAAAUUCACAACUGUGCUGCA